AUGGCCGACGCCGGACAGCAACGACCUCUCACAGCUUUCGCUCCGCCGCCUCCUUUGUGGAAACACUUCACGCCGGAUAAUCUCAAAAAGCUAGACGAGAUCAAGAAAAAUGCAUCCAAAGGCGAGGACGGAAAACCGCAGAAGAAGAAGUGGACGCCAACUGAAUUGCGGGCUCUCGACGUACCACCAGAGCUUCAUUUUCUCGUUCCGCCAGAGAUACCCAAAUCAGGCCAUUACAGUGUAUUCGGAGAACUACAAAGCCUCUCCACGGCUCUCCCUUCCCUCCAAGAUCAAGGCAUUACACAGCUUUAUCCUUCCCCGCCGACAGGUGACGCCGACCGGGAACAGCCCUCAGAGCCUUCCCAGCCACUGAAUCACGCGUAUUAUCUCCUCAAGAUCAGCAAAUCGUUGCUUCUAAACUUCCUGGAAUUCGUGGGCAUUCUUUCAGUAGCCCCUGAGCAGUUCGAAUCCAAAGUGGAGGACUUGCGCAAUUUGUUCAUCAACGCGCAUCAUCUUCUGAACCUGUAUCGACCUCACCAAGCGCGGGAAUCUCUCAUUCUGAUGAUGGAGGAACAGCUGAGUCGCACCAGGGAGGAGAUUCAGCAAAUGGACAAAUUAAAGGAGGAAAUUACUGGGGCCCUCGAACAACUGAAGAAGGACGGGGUUGACGUGGACGCAGCACCCAUCGAGGCUCCUGAUAAUGACACGAAGAAACCCAAUGUCUCAGAAGAAAAAGCAAUUGAAGAUACGCGCUUGGUCUGGGAACUCUUGGAUGAAAACAAUUGA